AUGAAACGUUCCAGUCAGGAUUACGACAACGUCAUAGAGACAACAGGCAUUAUCUCGAUCAAAGACUUUGCGUAUGACAAGUCCAAUGCUCUUCAUUACGGUUUUUUUGGCGAAAGCUCUGACGAGGAAGACUACCCUGAGCACAGUGAUACAGAAUCCCUACACGGUCAGAACGAAAAUACCGAUCGUGAAAUAACCCGCAUUGUGCCGGAGAGUGGUUGUGUAGCUCGAGAGUCGCAUGGAUCACGCACAGAUAACUCGGAGGAUGCCAUCACGAAAAGACAAAGCAUUAUACUGCCCAGUGAUUACAUAGUGAAUAAGCAGGCUGUGGCAUUGUAUGACUUUGUGCCUGAAAAUGACAACGAAUUGGAACUUCGGGAAGGUGACAAGCUUUUCAUAGGCUACAGACAUGGACAAGGGUGGCUCGUGGCAGAAAACGAGCAGCAAACCCGAACUGGACUGGUGCCGGAGGAAUAUGUCUCAAUUAUCGAGAUAAAGAGCACAGGCUCCAGCAGUACUGAAAAUCACCACGCGGAUGAUCAUGAUGAUAACAAUAGCAACGACGACGACGGCGAUGACGACGACGACGAAGAUGACAAUGAUGACAAUGACGGGAGGCCGAGGCCUUUUUACCUUACGCAAAUGAUCGCACAAUCCAUGGGCGUAAGCGCCAAAAAGGAUGAGACUGAUGCUGAAUGGGAGGAUAUUGACGAUGUAGAGUCGAAGCUUAACGAAAAUCUCAAAAUUUCCGACACGUGA